AUGAGUGAAGAAAAUUUGAGCGAAGUUGCAGCUCCUCAAACUACAACAAACAUUCCAGAUUUCUCAGCUCUUCAUAAAUCGAUACCUCAACAUUUCAUAGGUUUAAACACUUUGGAAGUUGCUGAAGAAGGUCCAGUCAAGGAUUUCGUUAGAGAACAUGGUGGUCACACUGUGAUUUCAAAAGUUUUAAUUGCCAACAAUGGUAUUGCCGCUGUUAAAGAGAUCAGAUCAGUUAGAAAAUGGUCAUAUGAAACUUUUGGUAAUGAAAGAGCUAUUCAAUUUGUUGCAAUGGCUACUCCAGAAGAUUUGGAAGCUAAUUCUGAAUAUAUCCGUAUGGCGGAUCAAUAUGUUGAAGUCCCAGGUGGUACAAACAAUAACAAUUAUGCCAAUGUUGAUUUGAUUGUUGAAAUUGCUGAAAGAACAGAAGUUGAUGCUGUUUGGGCAGGUUGGGGUCAUGCUUCUGAAAACCCAUUAUUACCAGAACAAUUGGCUGCUUCUAAAAGAAAGAUUUUAUUCAUUGGUCCUCCAGGUUCUGCUAUGAGAUCUUUAGGUGAUAAGAUUUCUUCCACUAUCGUUGCACAACAUGCAGAUGUUCCUUGUAUUCCAUGGUCAGGUACUGGUGUUAAAGAUGUUGAAUUGGAUCCAAAGACUAACUUGGUUUCUGUUAAUGACACCAUUUAUGCUAAAGGUUGUGUUAACUCACCUCAAGAAGGUUUGGAAGCUGCAAGAAAAAUUGGUUUCCCAGUCAUGAUUAAAGCCUCAGAAGGUGGUGGUGGUAAAGGUAUUAGAAAAGUUGAAGAUGAAAAAGAUUUCGUUUCCUUAUAUCAUCAAGCUGCUAAUGAAAUUCCAGGUUCUCCAAUUUUCAUCAUGAAAUUGGCUGGUAAUGCAAGACAUUUGGAAGUUCAAUUAUUAGCUGAUCAAUACGGUAAAAACAUUUCCUUAUUUGGUCGUGAUUGUUCAGUUCAAAGACGUCAUCAAAAAAUCAUUGAAGAAGCACCUGUAACCAUUGCUAGAAAUGAUACUUUUGGUGAAAUGGAAAAAGCUGCAGUCAGAUUAGGUAAAUUGGUUGGUUACGUUUCAGCAGGUACUGUGGAAUAUCUAUAUUCUCAUUCAGAUGAUAAAUUUUACUUUUUAGAAUUAAAUCCAAGAUUACAAGUUGAACAUCCAACAACUGAAAUGGUUACCGGUGUUAAUUUACCAUCUGCUCAAUUACAAAUUGCCAUGGGUAUUCCAAUGCAUAGAAUUAGAGAUAUUAGAUUAUACUAUGGUGUUGAUCCUCAUACUUCAACUGACAUUGAUUUCAACUUUGAAAAUGAAGGUUCUUUAACUUCACAAAGAAGACCAGUUCCAAAAGGUCAUUGUACAGCUUGUCGUAUCACUUCAGAAGAUCCAGGUGAAGGUUUCAAACCAUCUGGUGGUUCUUUACAUGAUUUAAACUUCAGAUCUUCUUCAAAUGUUUGGGGUUAUUUCUCCGUUAGUAACCAAGGUGGUAUUCAUUCAUUUUCAGAUUCUCAAUUUGGUCAUAUCUUUGCCUUUGGUGAAAACAGACAAGCUUCAAGAAAACAUAUGGUUGUUGCCUUGAAAGAAUUAUCAAUUAGAGGUGACUUCAAAACUACUGUUGAAUAUUUGAUCAAAUUAUUGGAAACUUCGGAUUUUGAAGAUAAUACCAUCACCACUGGUUGGUUAGAUGAAUUGAUUUCAAAGAAAUUAACUGCUGAAAGACCAGAUCCUAAUGUUGCAGUCUUGUGUGGUGCUGUCACCAAAGCUCAUAUCAUUUCUGAAGAAGCUCGUCAACAAUAUAUUUCUUCAUUAGAAAAAGGUCAAGUUUCUUCAAAAGAUUUAUUGAAAACCAUUUAUCCAAUUGAUUUCAUCUAUGAAGGUUACAAAUAUAAAUUCACUGCUGCUAAAUCUGCUAAUGAAACUUAUACUUUAUUCAUCAAUGGUUCAAAAGUUGAAGUUGGUGCUAAACCUUUAUCUGAUGGUUCUUUAUUGGUUGCAUUGGGUGGUAAAUCACAUACUGUUUACUGGAAGGAACAAGUUGGUGCAACAAGAUUAUCUGUUGAUUCUAAAACUUGUUUAUUAGAGGUUGAAAAUGAUCCAACUCAACUACGUACUCCAUCCCCAGGUAAAUUGGUUAAGUAUUUAGUUGAAAAUGGUGAACAUGUCAAUGCUGGUCAACCAUAUGCAGAAGUUGAAGUUAUGAAGAUGUGUAUGCCUUUGAUUGCUCAAGAAAAUGGUAUUGUUCAAUUAGUUAAACAACCAGGUUCAAAUGUUCAAGCAGGUGAUAUCUUGGCUAUCUUGGCUUUGGAUGAUCCAUCAAAAGUUAAACAUGCUCUACCAUUUGAAGGUAUUAUGCCACAAUUUGGUGCUCCAACUGUUCAAGGUACUAAACCUGCUUAUAAGUUUAAAUCAUUGGUAUCAACUUUACAACAUACAUUGGGUGGUUAUGAUAACCAAGUUGUUAUGAAUGCUACUUUACAAAACUUGAUUGAAAUCUUGAGAGAUCCAUCUUUACCAUACUCUGAAUGGAACCAACAAGUUUCUGCAUUGCAUUCAAGAUUACCACAAAAAUUAGAUUCUGAUUUAUCAAGUUUGAUUAGUCGCUCUGAACAACGUUCUGCACCAUUCCCAGCUAGACAAUUGACUAAAUUAUUGGAAAAAGCUGCUACUGCACCAGAAGUUGAUGGAUUAUUUGGUCAAGUUAUUGCACCAUUAUUAGAUAUCACUCAACGUUUUUCUAAUGGUUUGGAAGCUCAUGAACAUUCAGUCUUUGCCUCAUUAUUGAAUGAGUAUUACAACGUUGAAAGUUUAUUCACUGGUCCAAACAACAGAGAAGAAGAUGUUAUUUUGAAACUACGUGAUGAGAAUAAAAAUGAUUUAUCCAAAGUUGUUGCUACUGUCUUGUCCCAUUCAAGAGUUUCAUCUAAAAACAAUUUAAUUUUAGCCAUUUUGAAACAUUACCAACCAUUAUGUCAACAAAACUCAGAAGUUGCCGAUGCAUUACGUUCUUCUUUGAAACAAAUUGUUGAAUUGGAAUCAAGAGCUACUGCUAAAGUUUCAUUAAAAGCUAGAGAAAUAUUGAUUCAAUGUGCUUUGCCAUCAAUUAAAGAAAGAUCUGAUCAAUUGGAACAUAUUUUGAAAUCAUCUGUUACACAAACACGUUAUGGUGAAAUUGGUGCUAGUCAUCGUGAGCCUCAAUUGGAAGUUUUGAAAGAUGUUAUUGAUUCCAAAUAUGUGGUUUUCGAUGUGUUGACUCAAUUCUUGGUUCAUCCAGAUCCUUUCGUUGCAUCUGCAGCUGCUGAAGUUUACAUUCGUCGUGCUUAUCGUGCUUAUAAUGUCAUUGGUAGCUUAGUUUAUCACACAACAAAUGACUUGCCAAUUGUUGAAUGGAAAUUCCAAUUACCAUCAUUGUCCACUGCUGCUUAUAAUGCUGUUCCUCAAUCAAAGAACUUGUUGGGUAAAUCACCAAUGGGUAGAGCUGUCUCGGUUUCUGAUUUAACAUUCAUUUCAACUGAUGAUUCUCAACCAUUAAGAACUGGUAUCUUGGUCCCAGCUAAUCAUUUAGAUGACGUUGAAGAUGCUUUGGUUAGAGGUUUAGAAAAGAUUCCACAUCGUCAUUCAAGCGUUUCUGAAUCUCGUGGUCCUGCUCCAGAUAGAUCAAAUCCUCAAACAAAUGCUGUUUUAUCAAAUAUUGCUAGUGUUGUUGUUGCAAACGCUGAUGGUUUUGAAUCUGAAGCUGAAAUCUUGGCUAAAUUAAAUGAGAUCUUGGCUGAAACUAAAGAAGAGUUAGUUGCUACUUCUAUUCGUCGUAUUACUUUCAUCUUUGGUUCUACUGAUGGUUCUUAUCCAAAAUACUACACAUUCAGAGGUCCAAACUAUGAAGAAGAUGAAACUAUUCGUCAUAUUGAACCAGCUUUGGCUUUCCAAUUGGAAUUAGGAAGAUUAUCAAAUUUCCACAUCAAACCAGUAUUCACUGAUAACAGAAACUUGCAUGUUUAUGAAGCUGUUGGUAAGAACUCUGCUGUUGAUAAAAGAUUCUUUACAAGAGGUAUUAUCAGAACUGGUCGUAUUCGUGAUGAUAUCACAAUUCAAGAAUACUUGACUUCAGAAGCUAAUAGAUUGAUGUCUGAUAUUUUGGAUGCUUUAGAAGUUAUUGAUACUUCCAACUCUGAUUUGAACCAUAUUUUCAUCAACUUCUCUGCGGUUUUCAAUGUUUUACCUGAAGAUGUUGAAGCUGCUUUUGGUGGAUUCUUGGAAAGAUUUGGUAGAAGAUUAUGGAGACUACGUGUUGCUGCUGCUGAAAUUAGAAUCAUGUGUAACGAUCCAAAGACUGGUGUUCCAUUUCCAUUGAGAGCUAUGAUUAACAAUGUUUCUGGUUACGUUAUUAAAUCAGAAUUAUACAUUGAAGUUAAAAACAGUCAAGGUGAUUGGGUUUUCAAAUCAAUUGGUACCCCAGGUUCUAUGCACUUGAGACCAAUUUCAACACCAUAUCCAGCAAAAGAAUGGUUACAACCAAAACGUUACAAAGCGCAUUUGAUGGGUACAACAUAUGUCUAUGAUUUCCCAGAAUUGUUCCGUCAAUCUACUUUGGCACAAUGGAAGAAAUAUGCACCAGAUGCUAAAGUUCCAGAUGAUUUCUUCAACUCUGUUGAAUUAAUUCUAGAUGAUAGUGAUGAUGUUACUGAAAUUCAACGUGAACCAGGUGCUAAUAACAUUGGUAUGGUUGCUUUCAAAGUUAUUGUCAAGACUCCAGAAUAUCCUCGUGGUCGUCAAAUUAUUAUUGUUGCCAAUGAUAUUACUUAUAAGAUUGGUUCAUUUGGUCCUCAAGAAGAUUAUUUCUUCAACAAGAUUACUGAAUUGGCUAGAAAAUUAGGUAUUCCAAGAAUUUACUUGUCUGCUAACUCUGGUGCAAGAAUUGGUAUUGCUGAGGAAUUAGUACCAUUGUAUCAAGUUGCUUGGAAUGAACCUGGUAACCCAGAAAAAGGUUUCCAAUAUUUGUACUUAACUCAAGGAGGUCUUGAUGAAUUGGCCAAGAAUGAAAAUAGUAAGAGUGUUGUCACUGAAAGAAUUGUUGAAGAAGGUGAAGUUAGACAUGUCAUCAAAGCUAUCAUUGGUGCCGAAGACGGUUUAGGUGUUGAAUGUUUGAGAGGUUCUGGUUUGAUUGCUGGUGCCACAUCAAAGGCUUACAAGGAUAUUUUCACCAUCACUUUGGUCACUUGUAGAUCAGUUGGUAUCGGUGCUUACUUGGUCAGAUUGGGUCAAAGAGCUAUUCAAGUUGAAGGUCAACCAAUUAUUUUAACUGGUGCUCCUGCUAUCAACAAGUUGUUGGGUAGAGAAGUUUAUUCUUCAAACUUACAAUUAGGUGGUACACAAAUCAUGUACAGAAAUGGUGUUUCCCAUUUGACUGCAUCAGAUGAUUUGGCUGGUGUUGAACAAAUUAUGAACUGGUUAUCAUAUGUCCCAGCUAAACGUAACAUGCCAGUUCCAAUCUUGGAAUCACAAGAAGAUUCAUGGGAUAGAGAUGUUGACUAUGCUCCAAAACGUGGUGAACCAUAUGAUGUUAGAUGGAUGAUUGCAGGUCGUCAAGGCGAAGAUGGUUCUUUCGAAUCUGGUUUAUUUGAUAAGAACUCAUUCCAAGAAACUUUAUCAGGAUGGGCCAAAGGUGUUGUUGUUGGUAGAGCUCGUCUUGGUGGUAUUCCAUUUGGUGUUAUCGGUGUUGAAACUCAAACCGUUGAAAACUUGAUUCCAGCUGAUCCAGCAAAUCCAGAUUCUACUGAAGUUUUAGUUCAAGAAGCUGGUCAAGUUUGGUAUCCAAAUUCUGCUUUCAAAACUGCUCAGGCUAUUAAUGAUUUCAACAAUGGUGAACAAUUACCAUUAAUGAUUCUUGCAAACUGGAGAGGUUUCUCUGGUGGUCAACGUGACAUGUACAAUGAAGUUUUGAAAUAUGGUUCAUUCAUUGUUGAUGCUUUAGUUGAUUUCAAACAACCAAUUAUCACUUACAUUCCUCCAACUGGUGAAUUAAGAGGUGGUUCAUGGGUCGUUGUUGAUCCAACCAUCAAUGCUGAUAUGAUGGAAAUGUAUGCUGAUGUUGAAUCUAGAGCUGGUGUUUUGGAACCAGAAGGUAUGGUUGGUAUUAAAUACAGACGUGAAAAAUUAUUAGCUACCAUGGCCAGAUUAGAUAAAACUUAUGGUGAUUUGAAGAGACAAUUAGGUGAUUCAUCAUUAUCUGCUGAAGAACAUUCUGCUAUUUCUGCUAAAUUAGCUGCUCGUGAACGUGCCUUAUUACCAAUUUAUCAACAAAUUUCUGUUCAAUUUGCUGACUUACAUGAUAGAUCAGGCCGUAUGGUGGCUAAAGAAACUAUUCGUAAAGAAUUGGAGUGGGUUAAUGCUCGUCGUUUCUUCUUCUGGAGAAUCCGUCGUCGUUUGAAUGAAGAAUAUUUAAUCAAACGUAUUGGUGAAGAAUUAAAACAUGCUACUAGAAUUGAAAAAGUUGCUAGAUUAAGAUCAUGGUAUCCAUCUACUGUUGAUUUUGAAGAUGAUAGAGCUGUUGCAACAUGGAUUGAAGAGAACCAUGAACAACUAGAUUUAUCUGUUAAACAAUUGAAAGAUGAAGCAUUUGCUCAAAACAUUGCUCAAUUGAUUAGAACUAACCAUGAUUCUGCUAUUAGUGGGUUAGCUGAGGUUAUUGGUUUACUUUCUACUGAAGAUAAAGAAAAGAUCUUAAAAAAUUUGAAAUGA